AUGGUCCACAAAAGUGCUCCCAAAAAGCUCUUUUCCAUCGAGGAUUAUUUUAACGACACUAUCCGAUGGAAGUCCUACAGCAUGCAUUGGAUAUCAGAUAAUGAGUAUUUGCACAGAUUAAAUGAUGGAAACUACAUGCGUUACAAUUUAGAAACAAAAGAGGAGUCCCUUUAUAUCAGCAACACAACAUUUGCACAAGUAGACGCCACUGACUACAUGUUGUCUGGGGACUACAACUACGUAGCACUUGAGAGUAAUUACACCAAGAAAUGGAGGCAUUCUUACUCCGCUUCUUACACCAUCUUCAACAGGGAAACAAAUUCAUUUGUCACACCUGAGGAUCUUCCCUCUUUCGUCCAGUACUUCUUUUGGAGUACAGUAGCAAACAAAUUUGCCUAUGUUUCAGAUUACAACGUGUUUCUAAAGACGUCCGUGAGCGCUGACGCUGUUCAAGUGACGUUUAAUGGGAAAGAGAACGAGAUCUCAAAUGGGAUUCCUGACUGGACAUAUGAGGAGGAGGUGUUUGCGUCAAAUGGAGCACUGUGGUGGUCGACCAACUCUCUGUAUCUGACAUAUGCAGAGUUCAAUGACUCCCUGGUCCACAGGAUUGAGUACAGCUGGUACGGGUCUGAGCAGUAUCCUGAGACUGUGUCUGUGCCGUACCCAAAGGCGGGUUCCAUCCUCCCCACAGUGCGUCUCUACGUGGUGGACACCUCUAACCCUUCUCGACGCUGGCCGCUCGUGGCCCCGGCGUCCGUGAUAUCCGUCGAUCACAUUUUGUGCUCGGUGACCUGGGUGACAGACCAGCGCGUGGCUGUGCAGUGGAUGACCCGAAAACAGAAUUAUGUGAUUGUACAGUUCUAUGAGUUUGAUGGAAGAAGCUGGGUGGAAAAGCAGAAAUUUGAACAAAGUAGCAAGACUGGCUGGGUUGGCCGUUAUGUUCCACUACCUCUUUUCUUUGCCGAAGAUAAGCUGAGUUUCUACAAAGUGAUGAGUGACAGUCACGGAUACAAACACAUUCAUUACGUUAAAGAUGGCAAAGCCACGCCCAUAACCUCAGGAGAGUGGGAGGUGACCUAUAUCAACAAAUUAACCAAAGACGCCAUAUAUUUUGUGAGUAAUCAGCAUGAAUCCACACCAGUCAAGGUUAAUCAGUACAGGAUCAGGAUUAGCUCUGGUUCCCACUCAGCUCCGGAGUGCCUGUCCUGUGCCGUGCGCCCGGAGAGGUGCCAGAACAACGCCGCAUACUUUAGUUAUGACGCCUCGUACUACAGACUGGACUGCACCGGACCUGGGCUGCCCCUCUACACGCUGGUGGACAAUAGAGGAGCAGAGCUCUCUGUUCUCGAAGACAACAAAGAACUGGAAAAUAUGCUCUCAGACUUCCAAAUGCCAACUAUGAAGUACGGCACGUUCAAAGUAGCUGGAUUUGAUCUUUGGUAUCAAAUGAUGCUACCACCAAAUUUCAAGAAGUCCAAAAAAUAUCCUCUUCUAAUUGACGUGUACGGGGGCCCCUGCAGUCAGACCGUGUCCUACCGUUUCAAACUGAGCUGGGCCACGUACCUCACGAGCACCCACGACAUCAUCUACGCCAGCUUCGACGGGCGAGGAAGCGGUUACCAAGGAGACGAAAUCCUUCACUCCAUCUACCACAGGCUCGGGACGUAUGAAGUGGAAGAUCAGCUCUUCGCAAUAAAAAAAUUCAUUGACAUGGGUUUUGUGGAUAAAGACAGAGUGGCCAUGUGGGGAUGGUCUUAUGGAGGGUACGUCACUGCGAUGGCGCUGGGAUCUGGCAGUGGGCUCCUCAAGUGUGGGAUCUCAGUGGCCCCAGUGUCUGACUGGGAAUACUACGACGCCGUGUACACCGAGCGCUACAUGGGCACUCCCAAAGAGAACCCGGACGGUUACAGAAACGGGAGCGUGAUCGAGCGAGCAAAGAACUUCAAAAACGUGGACUUCCUGUUGAUUCACGGCACAGCGGACGAUAAUGUCCACUUCCAGCAGGCCGCGCAGAUCUCCAAGGCUCUGGUGGAUGAACAAGUGGACUUUGAAGCUAUGUGGUACACCGACAAGAACCACUUACUACGGGGAUCAGCCUACCGCCAUGUUUACACUCUCAUGAGCCACUUCCUGAGAAAAUGCUUUGCCAAUCCUCAGAAGUAGAUGUGUGGAAAUUCAUGAAUGAAGACUCUUGAACUGUUUUUGAAUAUUUUAAAGAUUUUUUUGUAUGCUUAUUUUUAUGUCAUGAAUAAUGUAAAAGCUGCCAUUAUGUAAUUCUUCCACUAAAGAUUUGUGUCGUAGUUAACUGGGAGUUAAAGGGCCCGUGUUACACUAUUUUCUGAUCUAUGUUAUAAUGUUGUUUCCUCAUCAGGUGUUUUGUUUUAUUUACACACAAACUCUACACUCUGUUCCACCUUGUGAUGUCAUGUGGUAAUACAGGAUAUGCUCCACUGUGUUUUUAAACUCCACAGACCUGGAAUUGAAUACUUUACUUAAAGGAGAUGAUAACUUGAAAAAUACCGCUUCAUGAUGUCACAAAGUAGAAUGGAGCAUUUUGAGCUUUUGAGGUAACAACAUUAUAACAUGGCUUAAAGCUCACAAGAAUACAGUUUUUUUUUAACCAGUUAAUGUGUAAUGUUUUUUAAGGAAUAGCCGCUAACACCAUAUUUUAUCAUUUUAAAAUAUGAUGUAAUGAACACAGUUUUACCCAAAGUUUAAGGGAAAGUUCAGAAUUUUGGACAUAGGACCUCA